AUCGCGAUCAUUCCGUUCACAAAGUCGCUCAUAGUCAGGAUGCCGUUCAAGAUCUCCCCGAUAUCAACUAGCAUUCCCAUGACUAGCACCACGGGAACCCAACUUUCGUUCCGCGGUCUAACCUUCGCACCGUCCCCCAAGAAGAUCGUGCUGGACAACAUUUCGGGAUCGUUCCACUCCGGACGGUUGACGGCCAUCAUUGGACCUUCGGGUUCUGGGAAAUCUAGUCUGCUGAACGCGCUUAGUGGAUUUGGACCCAAAGGAUUGCAAGGUUCGAUUCUGGUCAACAACGAAGAGCUGGGUCAGCAGAACUACCGCAAACUGGUGGCGUACAACACGCAGGAAGCCACGCUGCUCCCGAAUCUGACCGUCGAGGAGACGCUGGAGUAUGCCGUGGAGCUGCGGACUCGAUCUACGGCGGCGGAGAAGCGAAAGAUCGUCGACGAGAUCAUCUCGGUGUUGGCACUGCAGAAGAGUGCCCACAGCCAGGCUCGGGUGCUUUCCGGCGGAGGCCAGAAGCGUCUUUCGAUCGGACAGGAUCUGAUUUCCAACCCGAAGAUUCUGCUGUUUGACGAACCGACCAGCGGACUGGACAGCGAAUCCUCGUACCAGAUUGUGUCCCACCUGAAGGAGCUUACGAAGCAGGACCGGUGCGUGAUCAGCGUGAUUCACCAGCCGAACUCGGAUCUGCUGGAGCUGUACGACGAUCUGUACGUGGUGUACGAUGGCCGGUGCAUGUACCGCGGGAGUCUGCAGGAUUUGAUCCCGUGGUACGAGUCGGCGGGGAUCGUCUGUCCGCAGUACUACAACCGGGCUGACUUUGUUAUCAAGCUGACUUCGGAGAACAAUCCACAUCGGAGCAAAGUCCUUGAAUUGAUGAACCAAAUGCAAUCAGAGAACCUCCAGGAGCAGUCUUCCGCACUCUCUACCAAAGCAAACCUAUCCGGCCGUCAAUAUCCGACCUCCUGGCUCCAUCAGUUCGUCACCCUGACGAGACGUACCGUGCUGGGAACUGUCCGGAACAACGCCCUCUUCGUACUGCGCUUCGCAGGACUGAUCUUGUUUGGGCUGACGCUGGGCUUCAUAUUCCACGACAUCGGUGACGACGCGGCCAAGACCAUCUCCAACACGUCCAACCUUGCCCUGACCCUGAGCUGCAUGACCUUUGUCAACGCAGCAGCCCAAAUCAUUAGCUUUCCCACAGAGGCAGCGGUAUUCAUCCGCGAGUACAGAGCCAACUGCUACUCGGUCGCCGCCUACUUCUUCAGUAAGCUUUCGGCUGAUUUCUUCCCAUUGAUGAUCGGAAACAGCGCGCUCUUUGGGAUAACUUAUUUCCUCACGGGUCAACCGACCGAAAUGGAACGAAUCCUAAAGUCCUGGCUAAUCCAGCUUCUGUCUGGAUGGUUUGGACAGCUUCUCGGUAUCAUUAGCGGAUGUUUGUUCUCGCUGCAGGUUGCGACAUUUUUCGUUCCAAGUGCGCUCCUUGCGAUGUUGCUCUUCAGCGGGUUCUUCAUUCACUUUUCCGAGCUUAACGUUGUGCUGAGACCGUUGAUCUACGUCAGUCCGUUCUCCUACGGGUUCAAGGGGAUUUUGGAUGCAGUUUAUGGCUUCAAUCGGACCGAACUAAUGUGCCACGUGGAAAGCGAUUGUGUUUACAGGACGGGCGAGCAAGUUCUGCACAUGUUGGAUAUGCAGGGCAUCGAGUAUUGGAACGAGGUAGCUGGAUUAUGUACUAGUGUUAUUGUUUUGCAUGUUGGAUUUUUCGUUUGUUUACUUUUCAAGAUUAAAUAAUUGCAAUUAUGUUGUCACUUUCA